ACGUUUGUGUCGAGCGGUCAGCGGUUCCGAGCUUAUCCAGCGGCGUGCAGCUUUCAAGAAAGAGACUUGAGAGUGAAGUCUUUUGCUGCUUUAUUAGUAUUGAGAAUUUUAAAUUGAAUCAUUAUCAUGCCAAAGUUUUACUGCGACUACUGCGACACGCACCUCACUCAUGACUCGCCGAGCGUACGCAAGACACACUGCCAGGGGCGCAAGCACAAGGAGAACGUCAAGAUAUAUUACCAGAAGUGGAUGGAGGACCAGGCGCAGAACAUGAUAGACGCCACCACCGCCGCCUUCAAGGCGGGCAAGAUGACCGGUUCAACUGCGACGGGCAGCAUCAAGACGGGCGCUGCUAUACCUCCCCCACACAUGGUUCCUCCAGGCCCCAGAGGGCCCAUGGGCCCGGCAAUGGGAGGGCCAAUGGGCCCCAACAUGGGACCAAAUAUGGGACCCAACAUGGGUCCUAUGAUGGGACCUCGCGGCCCUAUGAUGGGGCCAGGGGGACCAAUGAUGGGUCCCCAGGGCCCUGGCAUGUAUGGGCCUGGCAUGGCUGGUCCCAUGGGGCCAGGUGGGCCUAUGGGCCCAAUGGGUCCCAUGAUGAUGGGUCCUGGAGGUGGGAUGAGGCCCAUGAUGGCGGGCCCACCAAGAUAGGCCCCUCAUUAUAGAUUGUGCAUCCCGCCUCCAUCUACGACUCUUGUAGACCUACCUCCAUCACUGACACUUCUAAACCCAUCUUCACCUAAGCCACUUCUGAACACUCCUCCAUCUAAUCCACUUCUGAACACUCCUCCAUCUAAGCCACUUCUAUACUGGCCUCCAUCAUUGCCACUUCUAAACUGGCCUCCAUCUAAGCCACUUUUAAAUCAGCCUCCAUCAACCCCACUUAAGGACCCUUCUGCAUCAACGCCAUCAACCAGUUGUUAGGCUACUCUUCAUGGAAAUUGGCCAUACUCCUACUUGAAUUUAUUUGACGUAUACUUCCCACACAAAAUAAGGAUUCGUGCGGACUUGUACACAGUAUGUGUAAUUUAAAUCAAGUGUAGACGUUAAUUUUAUAGUGAAAUUUC